CAAGUAGCCAGAAGCGUCCGAUUCCAAACCGGGAUCCUCGAACCCAACAGUGUUCUACUUCUAGUAGCAAAGGAGCACUUCUGAAUCCGCAAGAGCUACAGCAAGUAGUGGAAAACGUGGAAAACGUGGAGGACGUGGCCUCUUGCUCAUCGGCAACUGGAGCUGUUGUGGUGGAGCGAGACGUGGCCUCUUGCUCAUCGGGUACUGGAGCUAUCGUUGUUGAAGGCUGUCUCCAAAAGACAAAGAGUUCGGAGAAAAUGCGGCUAGAUGUCGAGAAGAAGCCAGACACGUACCGCCAUCGGCAGUAUCGUGUCGUAGAAUUACCUAACAAGCUGCGCUUGGUCCUCAUAUUAAGAUUUUUGUUGAUAUCUUCCUUGUCUUCUUCCUGGUUCUUUACGACCCACCUCGUAGAAGUUGUUGUAGUAGAAGAUACAUCCACCACCUGUGUGACCGAUACACCACCUCGUAGUUGUUGUAGUAGGUAUACUUACAACUUUGAUUUUUGCAGAAAUAGGUAUACUUACAAGAACUUUGAUUUUUUCACCUACAGGAGCAGGUGCAGUGCUCGACCUCUUUUCUUCCUUCUUUCUACUGUAAGGGAGAUAGGCGGAUAGGCCCUGAAGAUCUAACGACGUAUCCCAUCCGUAUCGCUGGUAGAAUUGACAUUAUCCUUACCCUUUUAUAUCAUAUACAUAGUCAUUUUUAAGUAGAGUUAUGUGAGUUCCACUACUCAAAGCCAAUCCAUUACCAUAGCCCAAGACACCUAGCAGAGGAAGAACGUGGAUACCAGUGCCGAAUUACUUACUAGUGGAUGUAGAACGCACGACUACUUCACACAUAAUAAUCUUACAUCUGGGGGACAUUUUUUCUAUACUAUAAAUGACAUUAUCCGUUCCUAUUCUUUGAGCCGUUUUCUAAUCUCUUCUGACCCAAAUGCGGACAAGGCUUCCAUUGCGGUGUCGGUGAAAGUUGGCAGUCUCUGCGAAAAACCCUAUAAUUACGGCUAAGCCCCUGAGCUCACGUGGAGACUCCUGUUAAACCGGUACUGCCUGGAAGUAGAUUAUGUGGCAGUAGUACUGCGCCCAGUUGUACUUGCGCAAGUAUUUAUACGGGAUUUAAAUUUGAUAUUCACGGGACAGAUUUUUGCGGGUAGCUCUAAUAGAAGACGGACGGCCUAGCACAUUUCUUGGAGCAUAUGCUGUUUCUGGGGACAAAAAAGUACCCAGAAGAGGAAAGCUACAAGAAGUUCUUAACCAAAAUUACGGUUUAAAAUGACAUUGACAAAUCUACUGUAAUUUCAAUCUGGAAGGGGAUGCAUAGAUUCUGAUCCGUGGAGCACACGACCACUACAAGAUAUGAUACAUAAUUACACAUCAGAGGUAGUCUUCACACAAGAACUACAUGUGACAACAUCACAGUCCCCUCACUCCUCUAGCUCUAACGAAAACGGAGGUGGUUGCAACGCUAGCACGAGUGACGACUGGACGAGGUACCAUCUCUACGUUGCGCCACCGCACCUGGAAGAAGCCGUAGACAGAAUUUCCCAAUUCUUCCUACAUCCGUUGCUUGACGCCGAUUGUACAGAUAGGGAGAUGCACGCGGUAGACAGCGAGCACAAGAAGAACCUACAGAAUGAGGCAAGGCGAGCGUUGCAGGUCUUUCGCAUAGUUAAGGGUCGUUCUUGGAACAAGUUGACCUAUGUAUAGUAUCAUUUAAGAGCAUGAUGAGCAUCUUUAUGGCUUUCCUACUUGAAGAAGGAAAGCCAUAGAGAUGCGAGCUAGAGAUGCCAACUCUUCAUCACACCUCUAAUAUAGAGGCGGACCAAACGCAUCCUCUGAACCACUUUCGUACGGGUAGCCUCGAGACACUGAAGAAGGAUGACAUUCGUGACGUUCUGCUCUCUUUCCACCAAGACUUUUACAGUGCGAACUUGAUGGGCGUGGCUGUCUUGGGCAGAGAAUCCUUGGACGAGUUGGAAGCAAUGCUAACGACCAAAAGCAGGUUCGAAGAUGUAGUCAAUAAAGUUAAGCAGAACAACUAUGGGGUCCUCGGAGUGAGUAAAUAUCUUCAACAUGAGACAGCUUGUAGUUCGAAGAGGUAGUCAAUUUGUUCCUCGUAAGGUGCUGGCUCGUACAUUUUUAGUAUUUGACAGCUCCUUCGUAGUUUUCAUCUCCUAUCGACUUGGAGACGAGUGCAUGCUAGUUGUACAACCGACGUUUCGUUCUCACCUCCAUCUUCUAUGCUACUUGGAGAGAGACAGUACGUACCCCAUGACUGGGUAGAUUAUUAUUAUUAUUAUCUCUCUCCGAGCACUUCUCUGAGGCAAGCACAGGCCUCGGCCGCCUCUGAUGAGAAGACCUCCAGGGCUGUUGGACGACACGCGGCGCCUAGAAUAGACGGAUCCUACUUAGCUUGGCCAUUACUAUAAUUCUGUACUUAUAUACCCUUUACCUAGCCUUACUUUUUCUUCCUAGUGAGCUUGGCUCCACCCGUAUUAUUAUCUCUCUCUAAGAAAUACGUGUCACUACCAGAGAUGCCAUUCGCGUUUGGAUCCACUUAUGCGGUGAACCGCAUCGCGCCUAAACUCUCGGAUGGUACAACGACUGAGUCCUCUCCCGCGAAGAAUAGUGGUCGGGUCGACCAGAUUGCGAAGCACGUGUAUAGAUACUACUCUGCCGAACAAAUGCAAACCUGAAUUAACUGACCAUAAUAAUUAAAAAGUCUUUCCUACCUCUCGAAUGGGUACACUACUACUACUACUACUCUAUUAUUUAAUAUGUUUUCGAAAACGAAAAGAGUAUCACUAUUUCCAAAUUUUCACCUAAGAAUACGCAAAGUGUGUGAGGACAUCUUCUACAGAACAACUUCCAAUCUUAUUAUGAAGAAUAUUACAUUUCUACAUCACUUCAUGAAUAGGCACAUCGAUCAAUCAAUCAACAUCAGGAACAGCGGUCCUCUGAUGUCGCUACCGGUUGAAGUUGGGAUCGAGCCAGUAAAGGAAGAGAGAUAUUUCGCCUUUCAAUUUUUCACGCCUGAGCAGGAGAAGUUUUGGAGAGAAAAGACCGAUGGAUUUUUUAUGGGAGUCAUGAUGUUUUCCAAAGUUUUACACCUCAUGGUGAAAAGACCGAUGGAUUCUUUAUGGGAGUCACGAGGAGAGUGUUGAGUGCGUCACGUCUACACACCUCACGGCCUGCUACUCCUCUUCAAGAUGCAGUAAUCAGGGACUGUACGACUGCCAACUUCUUGACACACGCAUCCUGUGCAACUUGUUAACCCUCUCGCCAUAUUCAUCUUGUUGAUAGAUCGCGUUAUUAACCAUAACUUCGUUCCUAAAGAGUAAGAGAUGGCCCUUGUUCUAACAUCUGGGGGCAUGUUUUAGGCUACGAGGGACCUGGGUCACUGCUUUCCUACCUGAAAAACGAAGGACUUGCAACGGGGUUGUCUGCAGGUAUGUACUAUGAUGGCGGAGGCACUGGCCUUUUCCAAGUGCGUAUUGCAUUGACCAAGGAGAAAGUUACGGACUCUUGUUGUGAUAUUUGAUUUGGCUACCUCAUGUAGAAAAAGGCGGGAACAAAAGCUAUGCUCUUCAUUCUUUCUUACACGAAGGCAGCACUAGCAGUCUGUUUUCUUUCAGGCUUAUGCAGUUGACGAAAGAGAAGUACUCGGAUCCAUGAUAUGCAACAUGUACUGAAUUUGGUUCUACUGAGUAGCCAACCACGUCUGUCUCUUUAUUAGGCGGGCCAGAACCUAACCUAACCUAAGGAAAGCUAAAAAAGCGCUUCUUCUUCUAACAAGUGCGUCGCGAGUCUGGAGAGAAUCGGGGAUCUGUUUUUCAACUACCUGGUCAUGUUGCGGAAAGACUUAAUAGAAGAGUAUCAUCGCAGAAGCGGUGGAUCAUCGUAUGAGACAGGGAAAUCGCAUUAUAAUACAACUCAGAAUCUUUUUCUUUAUCUCCUUAAUACUUUGCUUUCUCAACGAGUCAUUUACGUAAAUGGGCAUGGCACCCAAACUAAUAGACUCAUUGAGGAAGAAGGAAACUUCUGUGCUUAUUAAUUUCUUGAAGAGACACGCAGCUCCGAAACCGAAUAGGUGGAGCGACUAAAUGAACGACUCAUGAUUAUGAUUCAGAUCAUUAUGCAAGGUUAACGGUAACUCAAGCAGUGACUGGCGCCCACAUAUAUUUUUGAAUUAUUAGACUCUCUCAGUGACGAUUUUCCUUUCAUGAUGGAGAUGGUUCGGAAUCUAUUCUCGCACGAAUUUGGAGGGAGCGGAAAGACUUAGCGGAAUUGAGAUUUCGAUACAGAGGAGUUGCAGACCCAGUAGACUCUGUGUUGUCAGCUAGUCGGAAUGUUCUUCUCUAUCCUCCCGAAGAGCUCCUGGCAGGUGGAACGUUGGUCUACGAGCCGAUGAAUGCAGUACGGAUAUUAUUAAGACUCGCACUCGCUGCUACACUCACUACCCCUCCUCCACUCGCACUGUGAGCUACGUUCAUUUCAUAGCACUCGCACAUCGACCCGAGGAUGAUGAUCAUGUUCUAGAACUAAAUACUAGCACAACAAGGGAUACAACUGGGCCGAGGAUGAUGAUCAUGUUCUAGAACUAAAUACUAGCACAACAAGGGAUACAACUGGGCCGAGGAUGAUGAUCAUGUUCUAGAACUAAAUACCACCAUCAUCAUGUUCUAGAACAUCACUAUCAUCAUCUUCGUUUUCAUCCUAUUCCUGCUAAGGGAAGUCAAGUUCUAGACGAGGAUCAAGAUCCUCAAACUCUAGCAAAUCAAAAGGAUGCAAUUGUCUUGUCCUAUGUAUAAGUAUUAGAAUUGCGUUUGCCUCACAACCAUUCUUCAACGAUGCGCGUGUUUCCACAGCCUUUCAUUCAAGUAAAGAAAGAUACAAAUACUGCGUCAAGGAUGAUGUUCUAGAAAUUCGAAAAGUUGAAAAUAGGCUCUUUCUCUUUUUCUAAUGUUGGAGUUUUUCGAUUUUUUUCGCUUAGACAAUCUGCGACUCGUGCGUUUUCAUCGCGGGAGCACGACAACUCCGCUCGUCAGAGAGCAGGUGGAACAACCGCCAGUGCUAGAAGAGCAACACUUUGUUACGGCGUCAUCCUGGUUAACCUCUUAUUUGUAGAAGCUUUGCUUGUUGUCAUGAAGCAGUUGAAUCCUCUUACCAUAUCCAUCCUUCGGGAUAUUUUCCGUCUUGACCAUGAUGAACUUCGGUCAAAGGGAAAUUUCUGUCGAUCAUCCGGUGCUUGAAGCGCAGGGCUGAGGCAGGAGCUACUCUAAUUCUAAUUAUACUUUUAAUUCAUAAACAGAGAUAAGUAUCAUGACAAAUGACAUUUUUGUAGAACAGGCAGUGGAGACGGCCUCUAAUUUCGGAGUAAAAUACCGGAAGCCUCAGCCGUUACCGGAAACCUUGCUGCAGCGCUGGAAGAAGAAAGAUGAUGUUUUGGAAAGGUAUAGGAUGAGCACAACUACAAGUGGGACCUCCACAACUGGAACCUCCGCAGGGACGACAAGUGGAAGAGACUCAGCGAUGUUAAAGUUAAGGGUUGAAGCAUUUCAGGACAACUCUACAUGUUUGCCGAUCCGGUGCUUAAAGCGCCCGGCUGAGGCGGGAGCCAAUCUAAUCUAAUCUUCAGACUUGACCAGGGUCGUUAGGGUUACACAUGCGGCACAUGACCAUGACCAUUUUCCCUCAGCAACACACUGUUGGAAUGGUAGGAGUACUACUCGGGAUGCCAGUCGAUCAAAUUUCUCUUAGAAGCGUUGCUAGUUAGUAAAAAUGAAAUGCUUGCUCAACCUUUAAUUAAGUCGAUGACGGCAGAACUGGAGAUUCCUUCUGAAUUUUUCGUCAUGCGAAGAAAUGACUUCGUUCCCACGAAUUUCGACCUGGUACCUGCACAAGAGAGCAUCGGCUUCCGAGCUCCUUCUACAGGCUCCUCGGCAUUAAGGCUAGUUGAAACGGUAAGUAACUAAUCUUUGUUUGAAUUUUUGUGCAUUUUGCAACCAGGGACAAAAAAGAAUGGACUCUAAGAACUUCGUCUAGCUUCCUCAUCGUCUGACUUCGGUUGAUGUUACUUAGGUCGUCGUCGUGCGUCUUGAUCUACUUUCCUAACAACCACCUGGUAAAAAAGAAUAAACAAGUCUAACUUGUUCGUUUUUUAUCUUUUGUUUAGGUUGGACCAUGAUAAAUUGACCUGGAUAGUACCAUGCAUAUAUAAAGAUAAACAUCUUCGUGAACGCCAUAUCAUGUUUAUGUAAACGAUUCAGGUUUCUAUAGACAAGACGUUCCCACUCUUGACUUAUAAUGGAGAGACCCCCACCACCGCCACCACCACCACGACCGCCACCACCACCACGACCGCCACCCUUUCGGCCCACCCCCUAUCUCUUUCUCUAAGGUGAGCAGUAGAGCCCUUUUGGCCCGUCCCUCCUUAUCACGAUGACGAAGCGCUUCUGCCGACAUUCGAGAAAUUACAAGUGCAAGGAGGACAUCACAACACUGAAGGAGCAACGGAAUUUGCGAAAUGGAAAGAAGACUUAUCUAUGCUGUACUUAAGGCCUCGUCCACUACUCCGAAACCGAAUACUUAAUCUAAAAAAUCUUAUAAACAUUCUCUAAUUUUUCGGGUACCUCCCGGACAAGAAGAGGUAAGCAAGGAAUCCGAAUCAACCGCGACUUCAACAGGAGGCUAUCGGCUUUUUUUCAAGGAGACGCUGUAUCCCUAUGAGGAGCCUCGGUUGUAUGCGAAAGUGAACAUCUACUCGGAUUUCGUUGCUCAGGAUUUGGAUACAUAUUGUAGGACGCUGUUUUUCGUACAGACGGUGCUGGAGCGAUUAAAUGAAGAGUUUUACGACUCAGAAAUUAGCGGAUUGGAUUACGAUAUCGUCACACAUGCAUUUGGCGGCCUAACCUUGUUCGUGGGGGGAUACAUUAAGGCCAGUCAGGUGGGUCAAUUAUAGUGAUGGACCCAAGAAACCAGCAACGAACCCUACUCAUCAUCGCAGGUCUUGCUAAUUGGCAGUUUGUUCGUAAAUGUGCCUGCUUUGUGGUUCUGGUCAAGGAGAUUUAGUACUAUGCUCGUGAGAAGUGCUGUGCCAAUUAUCCCUCUUUGAGAUCAGUCAACGGGAUACAACAAAAAAGGGGACAGGAAGGGAAUCCUCCACUCAUAGUGCAAGAAAUAUGGGGUACGUACUGACUUCUUUCUGGCGCUUCUAAAUAGAGCGACAAAUUGGUCACUCUGUUCGAGCAAUUGGUGAAACGGUUUGUUCAAGUACUACCGGAAGCCCUAGGAGAAGCGGCGGCCGGCGAAGUCGAGACUUCUUCAAAUGGUGUUAAGUCUUGGCCCCUAUUAAAUCUAGACGAUGCAGCAUGAAGAACCUCCAAUGAGAGUACUUAAUAGCUGUUAUAUUACCCCACGAUUGGGGACAAUUUACUACUUGUACUACAAGUACUACUUCCUAUUUCAUCUUACUUGAUCUUUAAGCUGUUCUCCCAUAUUAGGGAGAGAAUGAUUAAUAUAAUCUCGCAUCUUCAGUAGUUAGUUGUACAGCUUAGAGAUGUUCUCCUUGGGAUGGUAGAGUGGCAAAACAAUCCAGCCUGACAUACGAGCUGUAGUAGUCUAAUUCAUCUUCCAAUCCUUUCCAAUAAAUCGAGCUGCAGUAGUCUAAUUCAUCUUCCAAUCCUUUCCAAUAAAUCGAGCUGCAGUAGUCUAAUUCAUCUUCCAAUCCUUUCCAAUAAAUCGAGCUGCAGUAGUCUAAUUCAUCUUCCAAUCCUUUCCAAUAAAUCGAGCUGCAGUAGUCUAAUUCCUCCAAUCCUUUCCAAUAAAUCGAGCUGCAGUAGUCUUCCUCACCAAUCAAUCAAUCGAUUCCAAAUCCAAUCCAAGUCUAAUUCAAGUAGCAGUGACUAUUCGAAGUUAGCCGCCGCAUUGGAGGUUUUGAAGGAGCGGAAGAGGAAAAACUGGUACAAUUCUGCCUUUAAGAAGCAGCCUUUAGUUACGGCAGAACUGUACCAGUACUUGCCUGCAGAAGGAAGAGCCGGCAAGGGAAUAGGAACUCAGGGAGCUCAAGAAUACAGUGUAUUUCUAGUACAACAUCAACAGGUCAACAUCUUAAAUUUUGAUGAGAACUGAGCUCUUCUAAUGUAGAGGUAGCCGGUGAGAUGGUGGACGAGGCUAUUUCGGCAAAUGACUAUCCGAUGAAGGACAUGUACAACUGGUUACUGGCAAUUAAGGCUACCGCUGAAGCAUGUCGAUCCUUAACACCAGCAUCCUUGGAUCGCCUUUUUCUACUGGAAAAAGAAGCGGCGCCCAAGGAUCAUGCUCUCAAGGCGGCUGCGAACGUGGUAGCUCUAAGGCAAAGCAGGACUCACUGACCGUAGAGAGUUUACGAGAAACGCAGAGCGCCUUGUUCGAAAAAACUGCGGCUAUUGGAGAAGGCUUAGUAUUAAGGGUUUCUAUAUUACAUCCGCCACUAACAUCCUUGGCCUUUUUUCAAGUAGAAAAUAGGUGAAGAAUGUUGUGACGAAUGUAAUGUGGAAGCCUUUAGUAGGAGAGGGAAAUCUCAGGACUCAAGAUGUCACGAGAAUAUCACAGGUCUUGAAAACCUACCUGCCGUUGGGGAAUCCGCUAUCGAAGAGCAGAAACAAAUAUGGCUUGUUAGGUUGUCACGUGGUUCGUCAAUGAGUGAAUGAGUAAUAUACUCAAAUGCCUUUCAUAUAAUGUUCUCGGCACUUUUCUCGUCUAACUUAGUACCAGUUAAAAUAUAUUUUAGUACCAGUGAGAAUAUAUUUUAUAUAGUCGGCUGCGCUACAAGUUGCACCUCUCUAAGGGAAGUCUUCCCUCCCUCGUUACUUCCUGUAUUUCCCUCGCUCUUCCUCUAUAAUUGUGUGCUCGUUUUGAUCAUUUUUCUAGCGCAGGGGUAGCUCUAAUCUUCAUGCUAGUUGCCGUCUAGUCCUUUGAUCAUUUUAGUAGAAAGCAGAGCCUGAUUCCGUUCUUGGCGCUUUCCUAUAGAAGUACCCUUCUCACCAAAAAGAAAUCGGAUAAUUCUUUCAUAUUGAAGAACAGGGCGUGGUAGAGUCCGCUGCAUCGCAAGCAGAACUACCUGGUUUUCGCAAGGGUGUACGGACGAUUCAAAAAGUUAAGGCUAGUUUUCACUAUCCCCUGUGGAGUACUAUGCUGAGUAGAGUCCCUUUAAUACAAAUCAAGGCGAAACCAAAGGAAGCGAAAAAGGGCACCUUCUACUCACUCAACCACCAGGCAUACUAGUCGUGAAUUCACUAGCGCUAAAAAAGAGAGUCGUAUCGUUACUGCCAGUCCAAAUCCCAACGAUCCGAAUAGUGCGACCGUCUUGUAUCUGCAAACAGGAGCUUAUUGUCGGCAAAAAAAUCUAGUCCAUCACCAGCGAGCAAUUAAGGCUAGAAGACACUCAGACUCACUAUUUGUCUAAUUCGGUGUGAUCAUGGUGUGAGGAGGAGCAAGAAGAAGCAAGUGAGACUCACUUCUCCACGAGAGAUGUGGAUGAUGUACCGAAAACUGAAAAUAACCGAGUUACUGACUGAAAUAUGGGAGGUAGCUUUGACAGGGCUACUCUUCCUUUUUCAGUAUCUCGCUUAUUUUCAGUAGUUACUCGCUUAUUUCAGUUUUUCGAAUAGUUUUUUCGCGCCUAUUUUUGAAGGAAAGUAAUCCUGGCACUUCUCAUUUCAAUGGAAAAAAUGCCAGGAUGGUCUGCCUCUAGGUAGAGCGGGGAAAAAUAAACAACUACAACAUCCAUAAAAGACAGAUCAUAGCCGUGAUGAUCAUACCUAGUCGUCAUAGUGAGAACAGUGUCCUCUAGCGUUAAAGCGAGUAUUCGCUCAGCACGAUUUUCGUCAUCGGCGACUGAAGAACGAGACUCGUUUUUUGAAGUAGAGGACGAAAGAAAAUUGGUCAAGACGCGAGUUUUGAAUAUGCUGUUGUGCCAGAUGCUAGGACAGCCUUUUUUCGCAGACUUAAGAACCAAUUACGGCUGCUGUAGUCUUUCAGUAUCGUCCCAUGUUGUUUUUGUUGCUGUGAGGCUUGGACACUGAAUGAGAGCAAGUUGCUUACUAGUGUUUGUUUCAUCAAGAUUAGAAAUUUUACAGAGACAAAAAACCUUCUAAAUCAUCAAGAGGGUCCGCUCUAGGUAACGGACGGAUAUCAAAAAACCGCAGAUACGCAUGUAAUUGUAAAACACUCAACUACGGUAUGGAUAUUAUAUCUAAACGUAUACCCGGCUCUUGAUAUCAGACUCGGAAUCAUAUCCGAAGAUAAUGAAAAGUAUUAAGUACUACCUCUAAGGCAAGCAGCAACUAGGGUACCUCGUUUCGGCCAGAGCAGACUUUGUGAAUGGAAUGACAGGAUUGGCUUUCCGAGUUCAAAGUUCGAAUACGAAAUGCCACGACUUGGAACAAAAGAUUGCUACGUUUUUCUUAUGGAACAGAUCUUGUGAACCCCUUACUUAUCUUUUGUAACCGAACCCCAAAAGAGAAGUUACUACUGCGUUUUUCUUGAAAACCCCUUACCUCAAGUAGUGUUGUAUGCUAUUAUUUUGAAGGGAGAAGUUGAACUUGAACUGAAGAAUACUGACUCCACCGCUUAACUUUUAAACGAGUCCUCGUUUUUAAUUACGCAGAGUUUUUUUCUUCAUGCCGAUAAGGACGAGCAUUAGUUCCACCUUAUUACUAUUAGGGGAGUUGUUUCUCCUUAGGGACGAGCAUUAGUUUCUUGUGUUAUUCUCAUGGGAUACCACGUCGUGGUUUCUUAUGGGAAAAGAGAUGGGGGAUACCACGAGUAGUUCCUCCUUAGACUAGUAGCGAUGAAGAGUACUUAGUAGUAAUGACUUGUCCCGAUAAGUCAUUUCUACUAGGGAUAGAGUUCUUUCUACUAGAGGAGUAGUCUUCAUUGACUAAUACUCUAAGGAGUAUUCAUCAAUACCACGAGUCCUAAGAGUUUUCCUAAUGGUUGUUGUUGUACUUGUACUUUCUCGUACAGGAAUGUUAAGUGUUUAUAGUAGGUGGAGUACGUGGUUUUGCGCUGUUCUCUUUGCUUCAGCGCUUCCUUUGUGCUAGUCUAACAUUCGAGAACUUCGAGAAGGACAUCUUGUUGCAGAAAACAACCGCAGAAUUCGAGGAGUUCAAACGCGGCGUGGUGUCCAAGUUGCAGGAGCGUCCUAAAAAACUCUUAUGAAAGAGACAGGUACAUGAAUGAAAUGAAUGAAAGAUGCAGAAGCAGAUGGAGUUUGACAUCAACAAACCGAGAGAGAAAAAGUUUUGAAACUCUUCUGGGCAUCUUGAUGUUGUCACGCUCACGUCGAUUCGUCCUGUGUGUAGCUGCUAUAUACCUAUUUUUAGGGACGCACAGAACAGAACAGAGGUAGUACCUGAGUGGAUGGAUUUCUAUGUCUAUCUAUCUCACUUAUUUAGAAAAUUCGUAUUUUGAUACUCUACCAAGGGCCGAAGCUCCUGUUGUGAUUUAGAAAGAUGUACGUACUACUUUUUUUAAUUGUUGUUCAUCUUUGUGCUGGCUCCUUCUAUCAUCAAUUGUAACAGGUGGAUGACGAAUCAAAAUAUCCUUAUGAAUAAUAGUUCGUUGCUUCUUCUGGUUUUCCUUUUCUCAAUCAUCGUAUCUUUCAACUUGAUCUUGAUGAUGUGGCAUUAGGCUUCCUAUAGUGAUAGACUCCUCUAAACCAGGCACAAGAAUUUGCAAGAAAUUGGGCAGAGAUAUCGUUCCGAAGUUUCAAUUUCGGUUGGCGACAAGUGGCGAUUGCCCUGUUAGCGGACAUAAAAUUCGACGAGUUCCUGUCCUAUUACCGAGCGGAAGUGAUGGGGAAUUAUGAAAGAGAAAAAUGUGAAUCACAAUCAAUUGUGAAGAAAAGUAGACCGAAGAGGUUCCCUCAUUCACUCAUUUACCUGCUCGAGAGGUUUUGUCCGUUGUGGUGCUACUACCUCGAAGUGCCUUAAUUGAGGGGGGCAUGGAAAAGUUGAAGCUUCAACAGUUAUUUAGAGUAGUAGUCUUCCCAUACACUCUAAUUCUAUUAGAAUUACUUUCGAGAGUUCGUUCGCUAAGCUUAACUACCUCCUUCCUUCUCCUUCUUGAUCUUCAUCUCCUUCUUGAUCUUGAGGAUAUCUAUUCGACCUUCUUCUUGAUAUCUAUCCUAGUAAGCUCUUGCAUCUAUUCGAUCUCCUUCUUGUUGUGUGGGUUUCGCGCCGUAGUGCAAAAUUUGGGCCACGAACUGAACCGGCGGCAAGUUUCUGUCUGAUGUGGCGAAGCAAUACCCUCGCCGCGCUAGACCCGUCCGGCGGCUCAUUUUCAGUGUGGUCGUGUUCGCUCUGGCAUCUUUCUCAAUGAUGUUCUCUUCGAUCUCCUUCUUAAUCCUAUUACUAGCGGGAGAUAGCUCCUUCUCAUCUACCCUCUAAGAAUUGGCAAAGCUGUGGGUGCACGUCUUAGGACCAGAUGAAGUUGGGACCCAAAAAGUUCUCAACGAGACGGAUCACGACCUACUUUUAUGAUUCAUUCGUAAAGAUGAAGGAUAAAGAUAUUCAGUAGAAGAUAAUAAUAUUCCGUAGAAUUAUGAUAAGCGGGUAGAACUCGUCAGGGAAAUCUUAGGCAGCUCGCCGAAUGGAUUCAAAUAAUCAGAGCGAUAGAUAAUACAUAGUGUCUAAUUAUAUGAUUUAGGUAACAGGAACUUGUACAACAUAAGGAGCAACAUCAAGACAUGUGGUGAGUAGUUAUGCGCUGAGCAGGCACAAAACUCCUAGUCCUAUUCCAUGCGCUUGACCUUCGUGGAGGUCCUCCUCUCUAAUCUGCGGCAAGACGGAGCUGCAUCUGAGCGAGGAAUACGAGCAGUUGGUGAACAAUUUGCUCCACAGUCAGUACGAAUAACUUACCAGAGCGGGAGAGGAACUUAGAUGAUUAAGUUGAAGCAUGACCACAGAGGGACACACACAUGACAGCUACGAAUGGAUUUGCUAAUAUACGUCGAGUAGAACUUGUUAAGUAGCUGUAAACAGAGGAACAAAACCUCCUGCGGUUCUUGUUUGUAGCGCUUGCCUAGAUUUGCACUUCAUACUCAACAUGAUAUCCGACAAUUUUAUCAUGAUUCGCGAGACACAAGCCCACAACAACGUCAACCGGUUGGUGGACGAGGGGUCAGCACAACAUCAUGUGAUCGAAGAGGGAGAGGCGUGUUCGUUAUUUUUGGC